AUGCCUUUAUUUUGUGUAGAAUAUACUUACCUCUCCAUUUGUUUAAAAUAUUCUUUGUACCUUUUUCAAAUAUCUCCUUUUUCCAUCCUUUCACUCUUAGUCUAUGUGUGUCUUUACAGGGGAGAUAAUAAAAGACCAUGCCUUGAAUUCUCUCAGCUAAAGCUAAAGGAUUCCUUCAGAGAUUUAUUUAUUCCCAGGAUAGAGGUAAUUCUGAUGUUGUAUACAAGGAACAACCUAAACUGUGCUGAGCCUGUGGUUGAGCCCAAUAACUCACUUAAUGUUAAUUUCAACACACAGAAGAAAACAGUCUGGCUGAUUCAUGGAUACAGACCAAUGGGCUCCACCCCAUCGUGGCUUCAAAAAUUUCUAAGGAUUUUGUUGAAUAAAGAAGAUAUGAAUGUAGUUGUAGUAGACUGGAACCGGGGUGCUACAACUUUUAUUUAUAGUAGAGCAGUUAAAAACACAAGAAUAGUUGCUGGGAGUUUGAGCGGGCACAUUCAAAAUCUUUUGAAGCAUGGAGCAUCUCUUGAUAAUUUCCAUUUCAUAGGUGUGAGCUUAGGGGCUCAUAUUAGUGGACUUAUUGGAAAGAUAUUUCAUGGUCAACUUGGAAGAAUAACAGGUCUUGACCCUGCUGGGCCAGAGUUUUCUGGAAAACCAUCAGAGAGCAGAUUAGAUUACACUGAUGCAAAGUUUGUGGAUGUCAUCCAUUCUGAUACCAAUGGUUUAGGCAUUCAAGAGCCAUUGGGACAUAUAGAUUUUUAUCCAAAUGGAGGAAAUAAACAACCUGGUUGUCCUAAAUCAAUUUUUUCAGGAAUUGAAUUUAUUAAAUGUGACCACCAGAGAGCAGUUCAUUUGUUCUUGGCAUCUUUGGAAACAAACUGUAGUUUUAUUACAUUUCCUUGUCAUUCAUACAAAGAUUACAAGACUAGUUUAUGUGCGGACUGUGACAGCUUUAAGGAAAAAUCAUGUCCUAGGCUAGGUUAUCAAGCUGAUCUAUGGAAAGGCAUUUUAAAAGAAAGAAUGGAAAGAAGACAUUUUAGAACCACUGCGUUUUUGGAUACUAGUGGAACAUAUCCAUUCUGUAGUCUGUCACUUAGCAUCAUGUCUUCUGUUCCUGAAUGGAGGAUGACACUUCAGCCUCAGUUUUCAAGGAAGAACAAACCAUUUUAUAAACUUCAGGAAGUCAAGAUUCUUGCUGAAUUUUUCAGUGAUGUUGUAAAUAUUUCAAGCAUUGGUUUGACAUAUUUCCAGAGCUCAAAUCUGCAAUGUUCCACAUGUGAAUAUAGGAUCCAUAGUCUCAUGUUAAAAUCACUUACAUAUCCAGAAAGACCACCUCUUUGCAGGUAUAACUUUGUAGUUAAAGAAAAGGAGGAAGUAUUUCUUAAUCCAGGCACAUGUAUGCCAAAGAAAAUAUAAAACAUCUUCUGUCGAAUGUAAUAGCUGGUUUGUGAAUUACCAAACUUAUGAAUUCGGACUAGUGCAAGCAGUCUUUCUUUUAG